UAGUAUUCGGGCCUGUAGUCCACUGAUAUUAAUAUGAAAACCCUAACUUCCAUACUCUAUCUUCCUCCUCCCUAAAUCCUCCAACUGCAGAACCUAGCAGCGGAAGCCGCCCUUGCUCCGGAAGUAAGCAAAUAUGGCGUAUGCAGCGAUGAAGCCUACGAAGGCUGGUUUGGAGGAUGCACAAGAGCAGAUCCACAAGAUUAGGAUCACUCUUUCGUCGAAGAACGUGAAGAACCUUGAAAAGGUUUGUGCUGAUUUGGUUCGGGGUGCCAAGGACAAGAGAUUGAGGGUUAAGGGGCCUGUGAGGAUGCCAACCAAAGUCCUGCACAUCACCACCAGGAAAUCUCCCUGCGGUGAAGGUACAAACACAUGGGACAGAUUUGAACUUCGUGUCCAUAAGCGGGUUAUUGACCUCUUUAGCUCUGCUGACGUUGUUAAGCAGAUCACAUCCAUCACCAUCGAACCGGGUGUUGAGGUUGAAGUCACAAUUGCAGAUUGAUGUGUUUUCCAAUAUUUCCCGAGUUCUAUACUCUGCUCGUAGUUAUUUAGAGGUCUAUGUACUCUGUGUGUCUGCCCUGCUUCAAAUCUGAAAUGUUAAGGUUAAUGCAUUAUCAUCCAUUUUUGUCAUAAUUUUGAAGUUCAUAACUUAUUUUGAGAGGAAGAUUUUGGCCUGCUGUUAUUUCGUUUAUAUAUCUUUGAAUUAUGUAUUU